AUGGCUACCUCACCGCCUACUCCAACAAACCUCAACCUUCCAACCUCGAAGAAACGCCCCUCCAUCGGACCUCCCUCACAAUCUGCAACAACACCGGGCUACUCCUCUCAGUCUGCCAAAAGACCAAAACACCAACAUCCUCUACGACAGACCUCUUUUCCCGCUCCUGAAGCUCAAGCAGGAUUCUACACCCCCAGCGCACCUAGAUCCGAAACCGGCUCGGUCUCCGCUAGUGUCACCAGUGGUUUCAGCGGCACAACAGGUGGUGGCAAGCGCUCACGAGGAAGACCUAAGAAACGAAAAAAUCAACCCCAUGACAUCCAAACCGGCCGCGGAAGCGGCGUGGGCGACUAUGACGAUGGAGCGAGCACCAUUCUCGAAGCCGACACGCCAGAGACCACAACCCGCCGUAGCCGACGAGGCGGCACCAAAUCGGUCAUCUCCGGUGCUGGUGGUGGAGCUGGCGACGAUGCAGCCGACGAUGACGAUGACCCUAACGCUCCCGACGCAGACCCCAACUCGGACGAAUCCCGCCGAUUACAUGCCGAGAUGGCUAGAGAGAAAGAGAAGAUCGCACAGCUCCAGGAAGCCUUAACGCCGGAGCAGAUGCAGAGAUAUACCAGCUAUCUGCGGACGAAGCUGAAGGGAUCUACAUUGAAGCGCAUUGUGAAUCAGACCGUCAGUCAGAGUGUCACGUCGAAUCCAUUGCAGGCGGUGCAGUGGGUGGGGAAGGUCUUUGUGGGUGAAAUUGUCGAGCUGGCGCGGGAGGUGCAAGGAGAAUGGGCGGGGAGGUGGGAGAUUGCUAGGGACGAGGAAAGGGAGAGGAGAGAGCGGGAGAGGGAAAGGGACAAGUAUGAUUCAGAGGGCGAGUUGAAGAAACCUAUAACGACUUCGGCGCCAGCGAUCAAGCCAACAGAGGACCUUUACGCCGGAGCAAAUCCGCAUAGAGGUGGGCUACUGCCGGAUCAUCUACGAGAGGCUCUCAGGAGGUACAAAGCUGAUGGCGAGGGUGGUGGAGUGGGGCUGGGUGGGUAUAGUUUUGGGAAUCUAGCGCUCAAGGGGGAGGCUGUGCCGAGGUUGGGCAUGGGGAAUGGAAGUGGGAGGAGGCUGUUUCGAUGA